CCGUCUGUCAGCUCGUACACUUCCGGGAGAAAGAGGAAGACAACAGUGAAUGCCCACAGAACAAACAAGAAAACAGAAACAGACAUUUUAAAUCCAUUUUUUUACAACCAAAACUUUAGCUUGCAAUAUGUUUUCCUUUCAUGUAUUCGAUCACCCUUUGGCCCGGGGCUUUCAGAACCGCUUCUCAACUCAGUACCGCUGCUAUUCAGUUUCCAUGCUGGCGGGACCGAACGACCGUUCUGAUGUGGAAAAGGGAGGCAAAAUAAUAAUGCCACCCUCAGCUCUUGACCAGCUCAGCAGACUUAAUAUCACCUAUCCAAUGCUGUUCAAGCUGACCAACAAGAACUCAGACAGAAUGACACACUGUGGUGUUCUGGAGUUUGUAGCUGAUGAAGGAAUCUGUUACCUGCCACACUGGAUGAUGCAGAAUCUCCUGCUGGAGGAAGGUGGUCUGGUCCAGGUGGAAAGUGUCAACCUCAUGGUGGCCACCUACUCAAAGUUCCAGCCUCAGAGUCCUGACUUCCUGGACAUUACGAAUCCCAAAGCAGUAUUGGAGAAUGCACUAAGAAACUUUGCGUGCCUUACGACUGGUGAUGUCAUCGCUAUCAACUAUAAUGAAAAGAUUUAUGAGCUGCGAGUAAUGGAGACCAAGCCAGAUAAAGCAGUGUCCAUCAUUGAGUGCGAUAUGAAUGUGGAUUUUGAUGCUCCUUUGGGUUACAAAGAGCCUGAGCGACGACCUCAGCAUCAGGAAGAACCAACAGAGGAAGAGGCAGACCCCGCAAGUUACGCUGACAUGGACACAGGAUUCAGAGCUUUUACCGGCUCUGGCAAUCGUUUGGACGGGAAAACAAAAGGGAUUGAGCCGAGCCCUGCUCCUCUCGACCCAAGUGACAUUAAAAGAGGCAUUCCCAACUAUGACUUUAAAAUUGGCAAGAUCACCUUCAUCAGAAACUCCAGGCCUCAGCCCAAGAAAAUUAUAGAAGAUGAUGAUGCCAUAAACAGAUUCAUCGCCUUCUCUGGACAAGGACAAUCAUUACGCAAGAAGGGCAGAAAGCCUUGAAGAAUUACAAAUGGAAAGUUUAGUUUAUGUGACACCUGCAGCAGUAAAAAUUAAAAAAGAAAAAAACAACUGACUGGUCUUCAGAAACAAUGGAGUUUCACCUCUGUGUCUGCGUUAAAUGGGAACUUCGCUCCUGACUUUUGAUUCUAGUUUUUGAUGAUAUCUCUGAUGGUAUUAUUUUGCUCAAAAGAAGCUGAGUUACAAAAAUACUAUCAAUUAUAAGUGACAUUCAGAGGUUUGUGUUGACUAUUUUGAGCCAGGCAGAAAAUGCUAUUUAUCACAAGGAAUAACUUUAGAAUUAUUCUUGUAAUUAUAUGAGAUUCAAUUUACCUUUGAGCUCCCAGUGUUUUCUAAAAUUGCUACCUUUUUUUUUUUACAAUUCACCUUAAAUAUGCUGUAUGCAGAAUCCCAUUGUUAUGAUGCAAUGGGAGCAAUAAUACUUGUUUUAAUUCUUACUAUGAACAUUUUGCUGAGUGUUUUUCCCUCUGGGUUCUAGGAAUUAGUUGGUUUUUUUCUGGGUUUAUUUAUAGACAAAUAAAAAAACUGUGUUUGGAAGUCA